UGCGGUGCCCUCGGCCACUUAAACUCCCCCCUCCACCUCUAGCUAGCGUCGUCGUAGCACUCUGUAGUUGUAGCUCGAGCCCCUUCAGAAGGAAGCACAGCAAGCUAGCAAGCUAGGAAGAACCUCCCUCCCGUGCAUCUGACCAGCGAGUGACGGCGCUUGGAUCUCCAUGGACGGCAAGACGCCUCAUCUGCUGCCUCUGAGUCUGAGCGAGGCCAAAAAGAAGAUCCGGGAUGACGUCCCACUGGUCUGCGGAUGGGCGCUCCUCAACGCCUUCGCCACGCUCUGCGGCGUAGCAAGCGGCUACAUAGCCGAGUACAUCCAUGUGUCGUGCAGCCAGUCCUCCUUCAUUCUGCCGUGCAUCGAGCUGACGGACGCGGAGGCCGCCAGGCUAAUCGCCCUCUGCGUCGGGAUGCUGUGCUGCGCCCCAUCCCAGGCGGCCGCGGCGGCGCUGGCGCUGCUGCUCCCAUGCCAGCGUCGCCGGGCCCGCCGGACCCUCGCCUACCUCGCGCUGGCGGUCACCAUCCUCUUCCAUUGCUUGUUCGCCAGCACCGUGUGGGUCUUCCUCGCCGCCGACCCAGGAUACAUCUUCGGCAGGAUCUACUUCACCGCGGGCUUCUGCUUCUUCGUGGUGGCCGACCUCCUCAGCUUCCGGGCCCUCCUGGGAGGUGAUGGGUGGGGCAUCAAGUACGUAGCCUAUUUCUUCUGAUCAUGUUCGUGGAUCAGCUCACCACGUACUGAUGAGAGCGUGGAGUAUGCAUUAAUUCUGCUGUGACGAUUGAUGGACUAGUGCCGUAUUUGCGAAUCUAGUAGCUGAUGUAGUGUUAAUUAUUAUCCAGAUUGACUCUACUAGUAUGUACUCAUUCGGGUAAUGCUUUGCUGGCUAUAUAAUUAGACUGGGUGGAUUGUGGUUAUCUUUGCUGUAGUAUUCGACCUUCUCUCUAUGCAUGUGAUGGUCAGACAUGAGUUAUAUAUAUGCUUAUAUAGGUCCAGCUUCGCUAUAAUUAGA